CCGUACGCGCGUAGCAUUCGUACGAGCGCCACGAACGCGUACGCUAAAAGAUCCUGUGCUCUCUGUUGUUAUUUUGAAUUAGUUCUUUGACAGCAUCCGUGUGUGCAGGUCUCACGAUUAUUUUUAUUAAAUUUUUGCACGUCGCUUAAUAUUUUUGCGUAGUCGCCUCGUACAUUAUGACUGCGACCGGAGUAGAAAGUGUGGACAAGGGAGAUGUUUAUAAACAAUUGGACCAAUUUGGCAAGUUUCAAGUGAUUCAAUAUAUUUUAAUAUGUGUACCCUUAAUGAUGGUAUCUAUGAUCCACGUGAAUUAUAUUUUCGUGGCUGAAGAUGUUGAACACAGGUGUCGAGUUCCAGAAUGCGAAGAUGCUAAUCCGUCAGUGGCCAUACCAAAAUGGUGGCCCCAAAAUGUCGACGCCAAAUGUUACCGACCAGUUCUGGACAUGCAGCGAUACACCAAAUCCAAUCAAACGUGUUCAAAUAACACGUUCUUUGAAGUAUUGGAAGAAUGCCACGAUUGGGUUUUUGAUAAUAAUAAUUCGGUUGUCGCUGCAUUGAACAUCGGCUGUGAAUCAUGGAAAUCGACUCUAGUAGGCUGCAUCCAUAACGCCGGAAUGAUUGUUUCUAUGUUGAUAACUGGACUGAUAGCUGACAAAGUUGGAAGAAAACCGACUAUAAUCUUUUGCUCAAUUGGUGGAAUUGUAGGACUAUCUAAGAUAUUUAUUACCAACUAUUACGCAUACAUAACGGUUGAAUUUUUGGAAUCAAUUCUCGCUUCUGGGUUAUAUACAGUUGCUGUUGUUCUGUUAAUAGAAGUUGGUGGAGAAAGCAAAAGAGUGUCAGCCGGUGUCAUUUUCUCAUACGCAGUUUACGUAGGAGAAGUUUGCUUUGCAUUUAUCGCAAUGGGACUAAAAUACUGGAAACUGCUUAUUAUUGUCGUCUAUUCGCCAUUAAUCCUCUUCAUUCUCUACGCAUUUAUACUUAGAGAGAGUACGAGAUGGCAGAUGUUAAGAGGAAAAAUGGACGAAGCGAAAGAGACAUUAAAAAUAAUAACACAGAUGAACAAACUGGAAGUAACAGAGCAUGAAAUUAAUGAGACGAGCAAUGAAGACUUGCGGUUCCAAUUCAACGUCGUGGUACAAAAGGAGAAAGAGAGAAUGAAAGACAUAUUAGCAUCCAGAGAAAUAAUGACGCGUUUAUUGGUGACGUCAUUCUGUUUCUUCGCUUCUAGUUUUAUUUAUUAUGGAAUGGCUGUCCACGCGGUUCUGUUACCGGGAAAUAAAUACACAAACUUUGUACUUUCUUCACUCUCCUCCUUCCCUGGUGAUCUGAUAGCACUGUAUACAUUUAAAAGAUUCGGAAGGAAGGUAUCUUUACAAUGUGGAUAUGUAGCAUCAGCUUUCUUCCUUUUAGCACAAACCUUUUCACCUGAUUCAAUUAUGUGGCUCAAGGUAGCGCUUUUCCUGUGUGGAAAAAUGGGUGUAGUUAUAUGUUUCACCGGCAUCUAUACAUAUACCUUGGAACUUUUUCCUACAAGUGUGAGAGGGACUCUAAUGGGCUGUGGAAACACUGCCGCUAGAUUUGGAAGUAUGCUGGCUCCUUUAACUCCACUUCUGGCGUCAGAAUUUGCGGCGCUACCAUCAAUUCUCUUUGCGUCGGUGUCUAUAGUUGCCGCAUUCACGCUAACGUUUACCCCUGAGACCAAAACGUUACCCAUGUUCGACACGAUAGCCCAGAUUGAAACUCAAAAAACGAAGAUUAUGACUCAUUUAUAGACAGUGUAAAAGUAUAAACAGUUCAAUAAUUCAAUGACAAAUGUAAUUACUUAAAUAGUUAACAGUGAAAUUAACUAUUAUUUCUCAACUUCAUAGAAAAUAGAGUAGAUGUCGUGUACCUAAUGCGCAAAUCUUGUUAUAGUCUUGUUUCUGAAUACAUAUUACCCCUAGUACCUAAAACUUCUUUGUGCCAAUAAAAUACCUACUUAAAAAAUAUACUUGUAUUAGACUAGAAACUUGUUGGGCCACUGUAUUUAAAAUGGUCACAUGUAUUAAAGAAGAUAAAAUUAAUCUAUUGAAUAAGUAAUUUAAGAACUAUUUUAAGAAUACAAUUAUUCUUAUAUAUAAAUGAAAACAUUUAAUUAUAUGUAUUUAUGCAGUGUAGAUGCGACAGAUUCCCAAAAAAAAGUAUAUAGUAUAAUCAAUUCAUUUAUUUAAAGUGAGCGAUGCGCGCAAAAAAUGUAGAUAAAAAAGGUGUUUAAAAAUUGUUAUUGUUCGAAAUUUUAGUACAUGUUAGGAAAACUUUAGGAUUGUUUUUACAACGUUUUUGUUGGAGUUCUGCCGCAUCUUCACCGUAAAGCUUUAUUCUAAUAUAAAAAAAGAAAUAAUAGUGCCUAAAAUAAAAACUAGCCAGUGCCUUUAUAAUUAAUUGCAUUGCAACCAAAGGGACCAAUACUAACUAAAUAAAGUAUUAGGUACAUCACUAUUAAUAGCUCUAAAUAUACAGGUAUAAACAUUAUCUGCAAUUGUAAAUAUUCGUAAUAAAUAAGGAAUAAAUUAUAUUUCAUA